AAUUAGUUUUUUUUGUUUUGUGACAUUCUUAAGUCAAAUAUAAGUAGAAAUUGUUUGUAAUUCUUUUUCUUAGAGUGAGGGAUUACACAGAAUUAAAAAAAGUGAAUCAAAAAUAAUGCAAUAAAACCUACUUUUGUUUGGGUGGAGCGGAUUUUAGAACAAAUAUUGUAAUAUAGCGAAAAGUAACUUAUAUAUACAUAUAUAAAUAAUUAUAUAUACUAGUUUUAAUUUCGGCGAAAAAUCAAACAUUGAACAAAAUAUGAAAAGUUCCAACAAAAAGAUUUAAGAAGUUGUUUAAAGUUUAUUUAUAGACUCUGUGUAAUCGGAAAGUUUUUCGAAUUAGUAGACCUAAAGCUUCAAAUCAAAACUAAAGAGUCAAACGCAUAAAAAUGCAGGACUCGCCUGACGCCAAGAAACCUUGCAAGGGCAUACUAAAAAAUUCCAGCAGUUUUGAUAAGCCUGGUGCCGCGAGCUAUCGCAAAAGUGCGAAGUUUGAUGAAUUAAAUGUUUUGCAAACCUACCACCCACAUGACAAAGAUUAUGGACAUAUGAAAAUUGAUGAGCCGAAAACGCCAUACAAUUAUGUUAUUCCAGAUCUGGCACACACAGAUGCGUUAGACGCAAAUUUGUUGGCGGAGAAGUUGCGUAUUGCUGCAAGUACUCAAUCGCCUGCAUUCGGUUCUGAAGACAUUUCUGACGAAGAAAACAUCGAUGAAACACCGGAAGAAAAAGUUCGUCGACUUGAGUUUGAACGCCGCAGAAAGGCGCAUUACAAUGAAUUUGAAGCGGUUAGACUAGCGCGUAAAUUGAUUGAAGAAGAGCUGGGCGAUGAAGAUGAUGAGAAUGAUAUUUCAUCUAUUGGGGAGGAUGUUAAAUCGCUAACUUCUGCUGAAAAAUCCAAUAAUGAAGAAAUUGAAAUUCAGAGUGAACACACAGAACAAGAAGUUUUGCCGGAAAGUGCAGUAGAGGAGGAAACGGGCACAACGGAACAAGACUCCGAACUUGAUUCUUCCGAUAGCAAUCGGGCUUCAGCAACCAAUAUGGAUGUUGACGCACAAUUGCAACCCUCCCAUCCUUGUUACGGAAGGGAUUAGUAUAUAUACAAAUAUAUAAUAAUACAAAAAUCAUAUAUACAUUACUCUUUGCUACAUUAAAGAACGUAAAACACAAUUUAAACAAAGAAUAUUUGAAUCAACGACCAAAAGCAUCACGUGAUCGUUCGAAAUAUUAAAUUUAAUCUUGACAGUUACAUAAUUAAUGAGAGGAAUAAAACAAAUAAAAUAAUAUUAACAAACAUUGCUAUCUUUGCUUACAUUGAUGCGAUGCAAUAAAACAGUGUCAAAUAAAAAAGAUGUAUGCUAAAGAUAGUUUGAAUUUGAAAAAAAAAAAUAAAGCUUUGAAAUAAAUUAUAUUCUUGAAAUAAAUCUUCUGACGGCGCGAUGACGAAUAAUUUCACGCGUUUAAUGUUUUUGUUUGUUUAAUAGUCCAUAAUCAAAACCUAUAUUAAAAUAGAUUUGAAGAUUCUUGAGUGAAAAUUAUGAAAUAUGUUUAAUUAUACUGGUACAACAAAAUGUAAAUUGAAUACCUAUAAUGUUUAAUAAUUUAAAAAUACACAAACCUAUUUUAUCAUAUUAAAUGGCGAAACUGUUAUUAAGUAAUUGGUUCGGAAGCUUACAAAUAACAAAUAUUAAAAAAUGCAUGAAAAUUGAUAUACAACAGUGAAAAAUGGUUUUUGUGAUUUUUUUGUUCAGAAAAUAAUAUAAUUAUAAUUAAAUAAGUAAAUCCUAUACACAAAUAACUGCAGCGUGCAUACGUAGAUUAAUGUAUUUGGAAUGGCAAUAUUGUAUAGUAGAAACAAACAAAUGUCCUGAUAGCGAAUUUUUAAUUUACGCAAAAAAUUUCCAGAAUUGAAAAUUUUUAAAUAAUUUUGUUUAUUAGAAACACGAAUUAGCCAUAUAACUACUUCUUGCAUUUAAUUAUGUAUGCGUGUAAGAACAUGUAUAUAUUGAUAAAGCUCUAAUAAAUGCACUAUUAAAGGGCAGCUAUUUGUUAUCGUAAUAUAAUCUUCACUUCCGUGCCAAUCGAAUACAAUAUGUCUGUCUCCAGUGAAAAUUUAUUCGAACUGAUGGUCAAUUAUUGUUGCGCUGAAUAAAUAAUGUAUCAAGAUCAAUAUGUCAAUGCACUGAGCGGCUUGCAAAUGUUUAUAUAUACUACAUGUAGUUGUUUGCUUUGCCCAAUUGUGUGUAAAUCAGAAGUGACGAAUAUAACUUCUACAAUUAAAGACUACACAUGAAUGUAUUUAUGUGCAAUGAUUAUUACUUAUUUGAAUUGUAUAUUCUUAUUCUUAAGUCAAACAUAUUCUGCUUCGCGCACGUGGAAUAGUGUUUAUAAAUUACAGCCUGUGAUAAAAAUUAUUAAAUAUUAAUGAGUGAUCUUCAUUUUGCGGAUGUAUUACUCUUACAUACCUAUGUAUAAUGCCUUCAAAUCUGAUGAAUCUCCACCAACUUCACUUGGGUACGCGAAUAGCUCGAUGAUUUUUAUAACUAAAAACGGUAGUCAUAGAAGUAUUUUGAACUAUUUAAGAUGUCUGCAAAAAUUCAAGUAGAGUCUAGCAGAAGGCUGAUUUCCACUAUUUUUGGCAAUAUACAUAUGUGUUAUGCAGUAAUAUGUUAAUUAUAAAAUAUUUAUUUUAAUGUGAGAUGUAUUGUGACCGAUAAAUUAAAAAUGAGAUUUAUACAGUUUUUCUUCGUGGUUUUUGUAGACUUUUUAUGAUUUGUAUAAUAUAUUUUUUGCUACUAUUUGGACAUGCAACGUGCUUAAAUUUUUUUGAAAAGUGGACGUGUCCUCGCUCUUCUAAAAGUUUAAUAUACAUACUGAUGCUAUAUCAACCAGAUUGGGUAAUUGGUUGAAAAGGGAGAUCACAAGAAUUAAAGCGGCUAUACUUAAGCUCAUUCUAUACUCGAAUUUAGACUAUACCGUUUUAAGCCCGAAUAGCUGUACCGAAUAUGAGAACAUGUAGCUGACUUUAUACUGAAAAUAUUAGUAAAUUUGAAAUAAGGUGGUAACCUUUUCCUGAUAGUAAAAUUGUCAGAUAUUAAAAUUGAAUAAAAUCGGUUCAAAAAUAAA